AUGGCCACCGAGGACCCCAUCCGCAAUGACGGACUGCCGUCCUACGGCGACGUCGCAACCACCGACGCCGCCAACCAAAUGCUCCAGCCCACCACGCUCUACGCGGCCUCCCGCUUCAUCCACUCCUCAGACCCCCAGGCCGCUCCCCUAUACGAGCUCUCCCACUCCGUCGGCUUCCUCAGCGACACGGACCGCAAGGUCGUCCUGGAGCGCCUCGAGCACAACGUCCGCAACGUUGGCGGCGUCCCCACCGUCGCCACGCGCAAGCGGUCACUCUUCCACCUCACCCACCGCACGCCGGCCGAGAUGCCCUCGUUCGCGUUCCAGGCCGAGUCCAGGACCCGCCGCACCUCCAGCAUGGGCAUCGAGAGGGCCUCGCGCUUCGGGCGCAGGUCGGGUUUCAGGGUGUGCCGCGCCUUCUUCAGCGGCACGGGGCCGGGGCGGUACGAGCCCGGGCCCGUCAUGUUCUCCGCCGUGCCGCCCACGAGCAAGAAGCAGGACGUCGCGUGGGAGUGGAGCGACGGCGAGGGGGCCCUGCUGGCGCGCGAGGUGCAGACGGGGGGUUUGAUGAGCCUGGUCGUGACGGCGGAGAUGACGGCUGGUACGAGGGAUGCCCUGGUCGCGGCCUGGUUGAUGAGGGUUUGGUGGGGGCUUGCUGGCGGGUGA